UGGAGAGGCAGAGCAGGGCUUGACUGUGUCCCAGCCUUUGUAAUGCUACAGACAGAAGUGUGAAACAACUGGCAGUUCCAGAAAAUCAGCUGCAAUCGGAGUAUAGAUGUCUGCUCGAUGUCUGCUUUGUUCUCAUUGGUUCCCAUCAGUUUGAUCGACUCUUUUCGCUAAGUUGCUAAUACGAGUUCAGUCUCCUUGCUUCAGUGCUUUCUUUCAGUCUGUAGAAGAAGAGGACAAAAAAUGGAGUACAGAAGAAAAGUGCUUAUUGUUGCAAUAAUUUUCACAGUUGCCUGCAGCAAAGUGACCACACAGGAAACAAGACUACUGGAUUUUCUAAAUAACACAGAUGUCGUAGAUGACCAGUACAAUGGAUGCCGUGAUGAGGCCAUGAAGAAGUUCAUCGAGUCAGACGUGUUAAAACAAGAACUAAGCAACAGUGAAGGAUUUCAGAAAGCGUGGAAUAAAAGUAACGAGUGUUCAAAGAAGAUUCCAGGAGGAAGAAAAGAGCAUACUGCUGCACUUUCAGUCUAUCUUAAUGGGGAUCACAAUUUCAUACAAACACUGAACAAAGCAAUAGAGACAAUGGGUGGAAAUGUUAGCAUCUAUGAAAACCACUUCCACUUCAAGUCUCUUCAUUUCCUGCUGAUGGACUCCAUGAGGCUGCUGAAGCCAAAGGACUGCAAGAACUUUUAUGUUCUGCUAAGUGGUCGACGCCAACCACAGAAAGGCUCCACAGUGAGAUUUCCUAGUUUCACCUCAGCUUAUUCAGACUAUGAAAAGCUAAAAAGUGAAACUGAUCUGUAUGAGGAGGUCGUUUUAAAUCUCACUUCUUGCUUUUUUGUCAACCUGAAAGACUAUGUGUGCGGCCAAGAACAGGAUGAAAUACUCUUGUCUCCAGCAGAAGUUUUCACUGUGGAGGACAUAAAUAGCAAACUUGUGGAUGCAGAUGAAGAUUCUCAAUAUGUAGAAAUUGUUUUGAAACAUUCAGGACUUGAAAGCUCACACAACUGCUACAUCUUUUCACGGUCUCCUCCAGCUGUUGUCUCCAUCCUGUGGCUUGUAUCAGUGCUUUCGGCCUUAUCUUUGUUUUGUUUUUUAGCUGUUUAGCAAAAACAGUUAUCAUUCAGUUUUCUGGGUUUUAUCAUCUACAAUAUUGCUGCAAAUAUUCAUACAAUGUCAAAAAAAUGGUUCAUGUCAUAUUUAUCUGAAAGAUCUUUUACUGUUUGUAUGACUCAAGUGAUGUCCAAAUCAACAGUUUUGCCUUGUGGAGUGCCUCAGGGAUCUGUCCUGGGUCCAAUUCCCUUUUUGCUUUAUAUAUAUUUCACCUAGGCCAAAUUAAAUGGGGGCUACAAUAAUAUCGCCCAUCAUCUCUAUGCUGAUUAGAUUCAGUUAUACUGCUCUUUUAAAGUCUCUGAGUUUUAUAAAUUGUCUAGUUUAAGUAAUUGCCUGACAGAAAUCAAGCAACGGUUAAACGACAACUUCCUCCAGCUAAAUUAUGAUAAAACAGAAACUUUGAUUAUUGUUCCCGACCAUAUGAUCUCAGAAAUUAGGCAGCAUCAGCUUCUUAGAGCCUUCUGUUAAAUCGAGCCUUAGAAACCUUGGUGUCAUAUUUGACAGCUCCGUUUCCCUUGAGCAACAUUCCAAAUGGCUGGUCCAGAACUGUUUUUAUCAUCCAAGGAAUAUUUCAAAACUCGGACUAAUGGUGUCAAAGGCUGAACUUGAGAUGAUUAUUCAUGCUUUUAUUUCUUCCCGUUUGGAUUAUUGGAAUGGUCUUUUUAUUUGUUUUAACAAAUUAGCUUUAAAUCAUCCUCAGACUGUGAAGAAUGCUGCAGCAAGACUCUCAACAGGCACCAACAGAAGAUCACAUAUCACUCCAGUUUUAGCCUCCCUUCACUGGUUGCCUGUAAGUUUUAGGUUUCAUUGAAAAAUGUUAGUUCUAACCUUUAGGGACCUACAUGUUCAAGCUUCCCAGUACAUAUCUCACCUGCUGAAAUCGCAUUCCACUUCCCGAUCUCUAAGGUCAUCAGGUCAGAGACUGCCGGUGGCCCCAUGCACUCAAUUCAAAACUCGUGGUGAUUGGGCCUUUCGGGCAGUGGCACCACGGUUGUGGAAUUCUCUUCCACUAUUUUUACGCUGUUACUGACUCCACUGAUUCUUUUAAAAAGCAGUUGGUGACAUUUUUAUAUAGACAAGCUUUCAAUUAGUUUGUUGUUUUUAUGUUGUAUUUUAUUGUUUUACAUUGUUAUAUGUUGUAUUUUCAUGCUUUGUAUUGUGAAGCAUCUUGUGAUUUUUAUCUGGGAAAAGCGCUAUAUAAAUAAAUUUUUACUUACUUACUUACGUUAUUUGACAGAUUGUGAUGAAUAACUUUGUCUUAGUAGUAAUUUUCUGCUUCUGUGCUUAUGCUAUGAAUUAUAGACUUCAUUACUUCAGAAUAUUUGAUAAAGAUUUUAAAGGGGUGCAAAAUACUAGAACUAGAAAUACACUAACUGCGAUCGAGUGUUAUUAUUUCCAAUACUGCUUUGAUUAUUCAUAUAAUUGUUUGGCGCUUUAUUUGCCAGAUUGUGGUAUGUGCCAAAUCUGGUAUUACAAUAGGGUGCCAAGGUAUUGUGUAAUUUAGUUUUUUGCUUCUAUCAUAUGUUAUGAAUUAUAGACUCAGUUUACAUCUUUUUUAUGCAUGUUAGAAAAAUAUACUGCAAACUUUGUUUGUUAUUUCUUGUCAAGUAUUGUGCGACUUUAAAAGGAUGAUAAGAAAUGAGAGAUGGGAAUAACUUGCAGCAAAUGUUCCUGCUUCUAAAGACAUCAGGAAUUUCUGUUUCCCUGUCAAAUAAACAACAUGGAAAUUUUAAA